AUGGCGCUGUCAUUGGACGACCGGCUGUUAGGCGAGAAAGUACAAUGUUACAUUUCCGACGAUGAAGACGAGGAAACCAAAAAGGCACCGGAAGAAAACGGACCUCUAAAAAAUGUCGCAUCACAGCGACACAAUCCUCAGGCCCCUCAAACAGGGCCUAAGGGUGUCAUCAACGACUACAAAGAAUUUCAAAAGACUGGCUCAGUGCCUGGCCAAAUAACCCCUACUGACGUGGAAACCGACGAGAACUCUGAUCUGAGCGAUCUGGACGAUGACGAAGAGUUUGAAAAAUAUCGUGAACAAAGACUUCAACAGAUGCUCCUAACGCAAGCAGUAAUAACGACGACUGAGACGAGGUCGAAAGCAAUUUUCGAUCUGGACGCGGAAAAUUAUGUUGAAGAGCAGGAAUCAUCUGGCAACGUUGUGACUCUUCUGUACGACUCCAGCGAUGAAAACUCAAAAGUCAUGCAUCGCGCGAUAACGCAUUUAGCUAGACAGUUGCCUCACGUCAAAUUCUGUAGAGCAGAGCGAAGGAUUCUCUCUGCACAAGCGAGCAUGGAUCUUCUGUCACAACGAGGCUUACCUUGUUUGAUCGGUAAUUACGACGGAAAUCAAGUGGGCGCAAUCGUCUGGCCCGAGAUCGUCAAUGAGCUUGGCGAAGAGUUUCUUCCAGAGCAUCUGUUUUCACUCCUCAGAGAACGAAACUUUAUUUAA